CCAUCAUUGCUGUCUGGUUGGGGAUUGCUUGUGCAUAGCCAGAUGCAUGUGUGUCGUGCGUGUCAGUGUGAUGUUAACCAGAUGGGUAUGCACGUCGGCACGUGUCUCUGUCUGUCUGUGUACAGUACAGUGAGUAGUCAGCCAUGUUGACCAUGUGGUGUACAGUGCAUUCAUUCCUCCGUCUUGCAGUCAGUAUUGUCGAGCGAUGUACGACCAAAAAGGAUGCAGCCAACGACAGACAAAGAAGGGCCAUUCACCCCAACUCCCAAUCACUCCAUGCACCCACGACACACUUCCGCACUUCCGCGCCAUCCUGUGUCCACCCUUCAGCACCUUGCGCAACAUGCAGGAUCAGGGGGCCACUUCAAGCCGAGACAGAUGCACCCGCGGCAUGCGCGAGCGGCCGUCGCGCGAAGGGCAGCGCCGGGAGUCUCUUGUGCUGGAGCGGAACCGAAGACGGAAGUGACGCGCGCCAUCUCUUCGGUAUCUUGCGAUCUCUGGGCGUGCCCGAGAGCACUGAUGGUGAGGAGAACCAGAACGAAGAGUGCCUUGCGACCUGACAUGACGAACGGCGCUCUCCAAGUGGGGGCCGGAUGGGGGUCUGCCGUCUCGGCAGAUCUCUGACUGAGUGAGAGAUGUGCCUCCAUACAUCCAUCGUCCUUGUCGCCGCGUUGGCCCUUGCUCCUGCCUCUGCGAACCGCAUCCAGAGCAGUGAGACAAAGUCGUAUACGACUGCCGCGCCCUUCCGCCUGAAUCCUGUGACGCGGUCAGGCGAACACUCAUCAUGCCAGAGGGCAGGACGGGACGGGGCAGAUGAUCGAUCAUUGAAUAUACAAGCCUUUUCACAGCUCACAUAAAAUGAAUUGACAUGAGCCCGCUCACAUCAUGGCACAGCCAGGAAAACUGCACAACUGACCACACACAAAGAAGCGACAUUCCAGGUGUCAUGCUACACACACAAACACGCCUAGAGCUUGCUGCAUGGCCACGGCUGUCUGCAGUCCUCCUGCCAUAUCGUCUUCAUAUAGCGCGGCACCUCAGCGGCUGAAAACAAAGACUUGAGGCGCAUUUUGGGGCUGGGGGACGUGUCAACAGAAGCAGUGCCGCUCUCUUCCUCUGCCGGCACGGCGAGAGCCGCCAGCUGGAAGUGGAUGUCGUCCUGAUAGAAGAGGAGCAUGUAGUGCUCGCGUGUCGUGUCGCUGUCGAGCCGGUAGUUGUAUACCCGCCCCGUCUGCUGCGAUAGAAUGAUGAAGCCGACAUCCAGCACGUCCUCAAGCAGCUCUGCAUGGAUGAUGCAAACCACAAGACAGGCAGACACAAGAAAGCUGAUGAGAAUGCUCGCCCGAAUUGUGUACCCACGUGUGUGCCUGGUCUCACCGAGGUCGACUGCCGUUCCCCAGUGGCUGUUGCCGCAUUGGGACAGCUCAUGUUCCACCGCAUCUGCCUUCUGCGCCAUCGUUGACGUAUCCCAUAUCACGCCUGGCAACACACCACACACAGAACACAUACGUAGACAGAUCAGCCGCUCACAUGGCCUCGCGCACAGUUGUCUGCUUGUGUACCUUUGGUAUCGACGUAUGCGUCCUGUUCCAUGAUCGCCGAUGGACUCCAUUCAUCAGGCCACUGCUCGCCACUCGCCUCCAAUGCCACGAAGGCGUCCAUGCGCUCUCUGAAGAGCUUCUCGUCAUACUCGCCACCUUCUCUGCGUCCCACAAACGCACGCGCGACGAUGCGCCUCAAUUUUGGGACCGUGUAGGGGCUGCCGUCGGUGUCAACAAGCCCGCCAGACGCCAGGCCUUCGGCGAUAGAAUAGAACAGACAAUCACCACCUCCACCAGUCUCCUGAAACAACAUCAAGAAGCAGACGCGGUGACAUGAGAGAUCAGGUGCAGGUGCAGACGAACACAUGUGUUCGUCUGUUCUCUUCUCUGCCUGCGUGCAUUCACCUUUCGACAGAUGGUUUGGUCGUUGUCGGCAUUCCUCUGGCGCCACCGGGAUGGCAUCUCUUCCCACUCCCUACCAAACGACCUGCAGCCAGACGUUCUGCCUACACCAAGCACCUCGAGGGCGCUGCGCCAUGAUCCGACGCCGCCACCGCGCACGACGAAGACGUUGGCUCUCCGCAAUGGAUGGUUCAUGUGGCUGAUUACUGUGACCCUUCUGUCAGCCUCUCGCCGCCUCUGCGACAAUGAAAGUGCGGCCGCAGAGAGGACAUAAGCCAUAAUGGACGGGACCAGGCAGGAUGGCGACAUCGAGAGAGGAGGUUCCG